UUCAGUGCGCAGGCGCCGAGGAGCUGGCAGGGUACUGGAUAGGAGGCGGUUUAGAGACGCAUACUCUGGACUCGGAGGCUGGAACUCAGCAGUCUGCUUCUGACCGCUGGGCGGCAAAUUCGUCAGGGGCCUGGCCAAGAUCGAGCCUGCGAGAUUCCCGAUGGUGUCCAUGACUUUCAAGCGGAGCCGCAGCGACCGCUUCUACAGCACCCGGUGCUGCGGCUGCUGCCAUGUCCGCACCGGGACUAUCAUCCUGGGGACCUGGUACAUGGUGGUGAACCUGUUGAUGGCGAUUCUGCUGACGGUGGAGGUGACUCAUCCGAACUCAAUGCCGGCUGUUAAUGUUCAGUAUGAAGUCAUCGGUAACUACUAUUCCUCUGAGAGAAUGGCGGAUAAUGCCUGUGUUCUUUUUGCCGUCUCUGUUCUCAUGUUUAUAAUCAGUUCAAUGCUGGUUUAUGGCGCGAUUUCUUAUCAAGUGGGUUGGCUGAUUCCAUUCUUCUGUUACCGGCUUUUUGACUUUGUUCUCAGUUGCCUGGUUGCUAUCAGCUCUCUCACUUACUUGCCAAGAAUCAAAGAAUAUCUGGAUCAAUUACCGGAUUUCCCCUACAAAGAUGACCUCCUGUCAUUGGACUCCAGCUGCCUGCUGUUUGUUGUUCUUGUGUUCUUUGUGAUAUUCAUCAUUUUCAAGGCUUACUUAAUCAACUGUGUUUGGAACUGCUAUAAAUACAUCAGCAACAGAAAUGUGCCAGAGAUUGCCGUGUACCCUGCUUUUGAAGCACCUCCGCAGUAUGUUUUGCCAACCUAUGAGAUGGCUGUGAAGAUGCCCGAGAAAGAACCACCACCUCCUUACUUACCUGCCUGAAGACAGUCUGCCUUUGUCAAUAAACCUUAUACCAGC